AUGCGCAACUUUAGACUUCAGAGCUCCACGCUACAGGCACUUACGCCUGAGGAACCAAUCAAACCAUCUGAAACAAACGAUACAUUAGAAUCUCGCAGCAGCACUUUUCCAGAAUCAGUGCUGCAGGAUGAUGCUAGUCCCAGUAACAAUGCCCAGGAACCUUUCGGCCUCAUACCUUCGCUUCAUAGUACUCAAGAAUUGAAAUUGCAGAUCAUGAGGAUCAUCGAACAACUCAAGUCAUCAGACCUGCAGGAUUUAGACAAGAAUCACGUAGCCGACGUGUUGCAUAAGUCCCUAACAGCAAUUUCGCAUUGGUCACUUCAGGCCCAAUUAUCACGGCUGUCCCAAAGCAAAAGUAUCUGGGACUCUCGUCUUAUGGUAGAGAACAACCUUCUGCGAAAAGAAGCAGAAUUCUUUAAGAAUAAAUUCGAACAAACAGAAACUUCGUCCAAUACAUGCUCCGCUCAGUCACCUCCCGUAAAACGUGUUACAAAAACCUCAAAUAACAGCGCAUACUCUUCUAAAAGAAAAUCAGGCUCCUAUCAUGAGUCCCAAAAGUCUCUGAAACUUGUAGAGAACACCAAACCGCAUCCAAGGAUGAGGCGGCAGACUGAUAAUCCAUCAAGCAACGGAUUUGUUAGAGUUUUUCAUUUGGAAAGGCUCUAA